CCAUGGGGUGUAUCAUCCUAGGAAGCCUGAGAAGAUUAGGGUCGUAUUUGACUGCUCUGCCAAAUGUGAAGGCACCUCUCUGAAUGACCACCUCCUCACAGGACCUGAUCUAACAAAUACUCUGACUGGAGUGCUGUGUAGAUUUCGCCAGCAUCAGAUCUCGAUUAAUUGCGAUGUUGAGAAAAUGUUUCACCGCUUCCACGUAACCCCAGAAGAUCGGGAUUUCUUGAGGUUCCUGUGGUGGGAAAAUGGGAACACAGCAAGAGAGCCCAAAGAAUACCGGAUGCGAGUUCACAUAUUUGGAGCAGCAUCAUCGCCUGGAUGUGCUAACUAUGGCAUGAAAUACCUCACCAGCAAAUAUGAGAAUGAUUACCCAUUGGCUGCAGUCUUCAUCCGGAAAAAUUUCUAUGUGGAUGAUGGGCUUAUCAGUGUCGAUUCAGUUCAGAGAGCCAACCAGCUUGUGAAUGAAGCACGGGAAGUCUUUAGUAAAGGACAGCUGCGCUUACACAAAUUUGUCUCUAACAACAGAAAGGUUUUGGAUGCAAUUCCAGAGAGUGAACGGGCAAGUGCAGUGAAGGAUGUGGACCUGAACUACAGCGAGCUUCCAAUGCAGAGUGUGCUGGGAGUGAAGUGGAGCAUAGAGACGGAUGCGUUCUCAUUCAAUGUCGUCCUCAAUGAAAAGGCAGCCACCCGGCGAGGAAUCCUAUCAACGGUAGCUAGUGUAUACGACCCAUUAGGAUUUCUCUCUCCCUACAUCUUGACUGGGAAAAGAGUGCUGCAAGAGAUGUGCAAACGAGGUGUAGGAUGGGAUGAACAUGUUCCCCUUGAACUGAAGCCAAAGUGGGAAACAUGGCUCCAUGACCUGGAAAAUCUUGAGAAAAUUCAAAUACCAAGAUGCUUCAUUCCUGAUCACCUCAGCACAAUACGAAAAAUUGAGCUGCAUCAUUUUUCAGAUGCCAGCAACAAUGGCUAUGGGCAAUGUUCUUAUAUCAGGAUUGUUGCUGAUGAACAAGUACAUUGUGCAUUAGUCAUGGGUAAGGCCAGAGUGGCACCCACAAGGACAGGUCUGGACCCAUUAGUGUAGAGGAACGAAGAGAAGCCGCUCUUGUGCUCAUCAGAGCAGCACAAAGAGAAGCCUUUGAAAAGGAGCUGAAAUUGUUUAG